GCUUACACUGCUAGGCUUUGCCAGCCACUUCUUGAUUGUUAAACACUUAGAAGUGCCAGGACAAGCAUUCAGCAUGCGGCGACGUCCAGCAGGCAGCCCCUGUAUCGACGAUGCUCAUCCCAUCAUACCUCAUUCUCUUUAUCUCUCAGGAAUGGAGGUAGAGCAGUACUGCACGGCGCUGCGGGAGAUGAAAAUCACUCACAUCCUGCAAGUGGGCUGUGGACUCGGCCCGAGCCACCAAGGCAUGUUCGAAUACAUGGUGGUGCCCAUCAACGACAUGGAGAACGUGGACAUCGUGUCCAAGCUGCCCGAGAUGCUGUCCUUCAUUGAUAAGGCGCUCGCGGGAGGCGGCGUUGUGCUGGUUCACUGCAUGAUGGGCAUCAGCCGCUCCGCCUCCACCGUCAUCGCCUACCUCAUGUGGAAGGAGCGCAUCGGCUUCGUGGCGGCGGCGCAGCGCGUGUACGCUGCGCGGCCCUUCAUCUCGCCCAACCCGGGCUUCGUGCUGCAGCUGCGGCUGUGGGAGAAGAUGGGCAUGGACUUCGCGGGCUGGCAGGGGUGGAGCAUGAUCAAGUUCGUGCAGGCAAUGGAGGACGCGGGAGGCUUGGAGAACUGCAUCCUGGAGAACAUUCUGGAGCAACAGCAGCAGCAGCAGCAGCAGCAGCAGGAGCCGGUGCCACAACCGGAUCAGCAGCAGCAGCAGCCGCAGCAGGGCCCUUCGCAGGGGCAGCAGCUGCCGCCGGCAAAGCAGCAGGAGGCGCAAGAGCACCUGGCACAGGAGCAGGCGCAGGCACAGGCGCAGGUGGUGCACUAACGCAAAGGCUGGGAUGGAGGGCGUGAGCAGGGGGACAAUUUCAAGGGGCAGGGAGGUGAUUCUGGGCAGCUCAAUGGCGUGAGAACCUCUGUGGAGGAGUAAUCUCGAGGGGUCGAGGGCUACCCGCACCUCUUCUGUCACGGAUGCGUUGCGGCUUCCCGAAGAGCAGUGCACUAGCGAAUCUUCGGGCAGGACGCAGGUGCAGGGGUUAGAGAGGAACAGGAGAGGCGGCAUCGGAAUGAGCAGCAGGCAGGGUUGUACCGCAGCCGGGAUCCUCCUUGGUGCUUAACUGGUCUGAAGAGUGAAAUGGCUGUAUGAGUGCAUAAUAAACACGGGCUCGUCGUACAGGGGACUGGUUGUAGAAGGCGCGCGAGGAGUCUUUUGUACAAUAUAGGCUGGGUAGCCUGGGAAGAACAAGACCGCGUGCAAGGGGAGCAGCUGGUUGCAAGGGCGGGCCCGGAUGGGGGCGGGCCCGGAUGGGGUUUUCACUGAACCUGCCGCCGUGCAGAGACGUGACAAGUAUUUGAUACGGUGCUUCGUGAUACCAGAAACAAAGGGUACGUGUCUGCCCGUGCGAUGAAUACAAUAUGGAGCUCCCGUGCGCGCCACACUACCGAACGUUCACCUGAACGCAUCUUUUAGCACUGGGUUACAAACUGAUCUGCUCAGUGAAUCUGGGUGGCGCUUGCGUGUGCUCUGUGUGUGCCAAGCUGUGUGCCACGGUUCAAGGUAGUUCGUGGUGGGUGAGAGGUCAGAUAGAACUCAUAGAAGUGUAUGCGCGGAUGUACACGCUGUGCUACAGUAAAAUGGCGCUUAAGGAGUAAGUGCUUUGUCCCUUGUUCUGACGGCGGGCGGUUACGAGUGUCCAGGGCGGUGGGUGCAGGUCCGUGUGCAGCUUGACGUCCGGUCUGCACCUUCCUGUACAGUCACUUACAGGAAUGAGCUGAAAGUAGCCUGCCGGGUACGUGUCUAUGCGAGGGCACGGGGCGUCAAGUUGAUGGGCGCCCCAUGCAGCUCGUUCUCCAUGAUCAUGGC